CUUCUCACUAGGAGAGAUAGAGAGAGAAAGAGAGAAGAGGCUAGAGGUAGGAGGCGAGAUAGGCAGAGCUUGAAGAUUCGAGCUAGGCAGAAGUCUUUGGGGAAAGAGAAACCAGUGUGCGGGAUUGGUCCAAAAAUUCAAGCUUUGAACGUUCACUGAAACAAUGGAGGUAUUUGGCAAAUCUAUGGUAGCUGUUCCUACAACUGUUAUUUAUCUGUCAAGCAUUCUGGGCCAAGAUGAUGGUCCGAUCCCGGUUCACAAAUGUGAUUGGAAAUGUGAAAAUGAACAUGUGUGUGGGAACAUUUACAGAUGCAGACUAACUGGGCUGACACACAUUUGUGACAAAAACUGUAACCAGAGAAUCUUGUAUGACAACCAUAGCUCCCUUUGCAGAGUGAGCAAGCAUAUUUUUCCACUAACACCAGCUGAAGAGACGGCUGUGAAAGGUAUACGGAGGAAGCUUGAUGCUGAAAGUUCACCAUCCGACGGCUGUGCUUUCAAGCGUAGGCGGGAUGCGACGUUCCAUCCAUCGCCGUUUGAGAGAUCUUUCUCUGCUGUUACUCCCAUUUGUAGCCAAGUUGGAGAUGGAAUGGACAUGAGCUAGAUGUCAACUGCUUAUUCUACUUCCGUUUUUUAGUAUUUUACUGCUCUCAUGAGACAAUAAUGCGAAAAACACUUAGAUAAAGGCCAUCUUAUGUGGCAGACUGGAUUUAUCUUGCCAAGUCUGUAGGAGACUCUUAUAUUGAACUGAAGUACCUUCCAAAACUUACUAGGUGGUUAACUUUAUCAUGCAGCCGGAGUUAUUGUUAUCACAUUUGAGCUCCACUAGUGGAACUUAAGAGCUCAAUAUCUGAUUUAUCAGGUUAUUGAAGUUCCUUGUUCAUUAUGUUAUCAACUGUUGAUGUAAUAACUUUACCGUGCUUUCUUAUUUUGUAUUGGUUAGCAUCAUCUCACCAAGUCCUAUUUUUCGCGUUGCUCUGCAAUAAGAGCUUGACUUGAUGAAUUUUCUUUAUAUGUAACUUUAUUACAGGGUACCAUUAUUUCUAGAAGCCUUAUUAUGACUGGUUUGUUGUUGGAAAUGUUAAAAUUGUUGUUGUGGCCUUCUUUUAUGGACACUCAAUUUUUGAGUCUAGCUCAUAUCAUUAUUGAGUUUUUAUUUAAGCUAAACUGAUGUUUACUUCUUUGACUUUCUGUUUUUUCAGGUUUAGGGAUAUAAGCUGAGCUCAUUUCUGGUUCUUUGUUAUUUUACCAUCUAUUAUAUGUAAUGGUGCCUUAAAUGGUGUUGUUUUUGCAGGAAUUGAAGGGCUACAAUUGGAAAAUCGAUAGCCUAAUAUGUGUUUAUUUAUAUUCUCUGUAUUUUCUUAAUGAGAAUGUGAGAUUUUUUAUUAAUGAAUAUGGGAAUAAGUUUCUGAUUGUUAUAACUAUUUAUUUUCUAUUCAUGCAGGGUGUUUUUGCUCAAAUAUGCAUUUCCAGAAUUCAAAAGUCUCAAACUCAGCAUGCUGUGUCUUUAUCAACAUAUUCAUACCAACCGAAGUUGAGGCCUGCUCAUUAAAGGCAUACCAUGUUCUGUUCCUACACCUUCUACCAUCGCCUAAUCUUCCUAUCAUAAGUACCAUCUUCAACCAACAGAUUGCCAGGAUCUUCAGGUUUUCUUUUUCGAACAGUUGGUCCUUGUAGCCUGGAAUGGGUGCCACAGAUUCAAUUCCAUAUGUUUUAUUCUGCUCGCAAUGAUCUUAAAUUUGAUAAUUUCAUCUGAUCAGUUCCAACUGUCCAGUAUCUGUGGGAAGUAACUGGAAUAAAUUACUCAUUCCAGAAUUUUGGAAUGGAACUUGAGAUCUCUGCAGAAUCAAACUGCAUGAUAAUCGUGGAUAUCUGAGCAUGGAGUUCGCUUCUCUAGCUUCCAAGUUGUGGAAAAGCAGGACGGAGAGAAAUCUAUCCCUGGAGUCUUGCUGAACAUAUAUUCAAAGGGCUUGAAAGUAUUCUUGCUGACUUCAGCACAUUUAAUUAUUUUACUGCAGCUCUUCUUGUGUCGACAAAAUAUAAAAGGCAACAUUUUUGUGCUCUAUCAGAUUCUCUAUAGUUCAGAGUUUUGAUGGACAUAGAACAUGGUACAGAGUAUUCUUUGAAGUUAACUUCGAAAGCCAAUUGCUUGUGAUUAGGGUUUCAGAAAAAAAAUCCUAAUAAAUAAAAUUUGAUUUGUUUGCUGCAAAAUGGUAUAAUACAGUAUAUAAAAUAAUUACAAUAUAGAGUUGUGGGAAUUCAUAUGUCAAUUAAUGUUAGCCGAUCCUGACUUCGUUUGGGACUAAGGCUUGGAUGUUGUGGUUGUAUAGACUUUUGGGAUGAUUCCCUGUAUAGACUUUUGGGAUGAUUCCCUGUAGUUCUUUAAUAUGAGAGCUUCAUUGUUUUAAGGAAGUAGAAAACCAAUCUACUAAGGUGAUCAAUUAAUGUAAUUACAAUAUUAAAUUAAAUUGUAUAAGUUUGCUUUUAAAGACAUUAAUCCAUGAAAAGGCAGGUAAAGAAAGGAAUAAUUUGUUUUGAUGUGGGUUUUAAAAUUCUUUACCUAAUAAAUAAGUUUUGAUGUGAUAGCUGCAAGCUGGUAAUAAUGCAGUUUUUUAGGCUGCAAGCUGGUAAAAUAAGUUUUUUAAGUUGCAGGUAAAGAAAGGAAUAAUUUGUUGUGAAUAUCUGAUUUAAUGAAAUAGAAAACCAAUCUACUUUUAAGAAGAUCAAUUAGUAUCAUUUAGUAAUACGGAGUACUGAUAUUUUUCUUUGAGAUACAUUACUCCAUGAAGUUAUGGUAAUAGAAAGGAAGGAAUUGUUUCUUGCUGAGGCCACCCAAGGAAAAAGAAAUUCUAAACCAAAAUUGUGUUCUUACGGCUGAUGAACUUCUCCAAGCAACUGAACGUUAUGGAUUUUGAAUAUAAUCAUCAAUUGAAUGUUUUAAAAUCUUCCCUGAAGUUGCAAUAUAAGAGGUUCAGAAAUUAUUCACUUGGCAAAUCUUCCACCAUAGGGUGGAAAUCUAUUAGUCAUACAGACCUGAAGAAAUCCCAAUAUAUUAUGCUAGGGUUCCUUAUAACUUAUAAUAAUGUCGCAUAAACCAAAUCUCAUUACACUACUUUUCUCAACGUUGUUUUCAUACUCUUUUCAAUGCAGUUUCAUCAUAACCAACAGCUGUCCACAAACAAUAUGGCCUGCCACGAUGGCGGGUGCAGGAACUCCAGCACUACCCACAACCGGAUUUCAAUUGAAAUCCGGCCAAAGUGUCUCCAUUCCAUGUACCCCAAAGUGGUCGGGCCGCAUUUGGGCAAGAACUGGAUGUACUUUUGACACAUCAGGUGCUGGAUCUUGUGAAACUGGGGACUGUGGUGGAAAGCUUGAAUGCAGUGGAAUGGGGGGCAAAUCUCCUUGUUCUCUCUUUGAGAUCACUCUCGGAGGUUGGCAAGAUAAAGAUUUCUAUGAUGUCAGUUUGGUCGAUGGCUACAACUUGCCAAUGAUAAUAGCCCCUCUAGGGGCGCAGUGCAACAGCACUGGUUGCGUUUCCAAUCUCAACAUGGGUUGUCCUACAGAGCUUCAAAUGGUUGGGGGAGCUGGGGCUGUCAUUGGGUGCAAGAGCGCCUGUGAGGCUUUUCAAAUGCCUGAGUAUUGCUGUAGCGAAGAGUAUGCCAAUCCAACAACUUGUAAACCGUCCUUCUAUUCUAAAAUCUUUAAAAAUGCUUGUCCCAGUGCGUACAGCUAUGCAUUUGAUGAUGGAACCAGCACCUUUACCUGCAAGGCUGAUCAGUAUCAGAUCACCUUUUGCCCCAAUGGGACCAAUAGUGGUAACAAUCCAACAAGCGCUCCACUUCUACCACCAUCGCUGCCUUCUCCACCUAACGGCAGUACAGUUGCGACACCUCUACCACCACCCUCUUCUCCACCUAAUGGCGGUACCAUUGCUACACCUCUACCACCACCGCCAUCUCCACCUAGUGGCAGUACCGUUGCUACACCUCUACUGCCUUCUCCACCUAAUGGCGGUACAGUUGCUACACCUCCACCUUCUCCACCUAAUGGUGGUACAGUUGCUGCACCUCUACCACUGCCACUGGUUACGCCGCCGCCACCACUACUUGUGACGCUACCACCUGCUCCACUUAAUGGUGGUCUAGGCAUCGCUACGCCUCCACCGCCUCCACCUUUUAGCAAUCCUGUUGAUAUGCCUGCACCCCCAGCUAUUCCAAGACUCAAAAGAAAGAAUGGGAAUUACAUGCCUGAAGCAGGGAUUGUUUCAUCUUCAAAAAAGAGUCUACCCUUCUCAACAUUGACCAUAACCUUUAUGUUUCAACUAUUUCUGCGAUUAUAGAUUGCUAGAACAAUUUUCAGCUUUGGCAUAUGAAAAUGUCGCCGGUACUGUAAAAGUUUGUAAGAGUUUACAAUGAUGGAUUUGCAUGAAUGUUCUCUCUAUACUUGGGACUUUUGUAGUUUUAGUUGCUCUGAUGUGAUUGUCGCAGUGUCGCUUCCAUCUUCAUUGCUAAUUUGCUACGUCUCGUUAUAGAAGAAUUCCAGUGCUUAUUAAAUCGUUUUUCUAUAAAAUGUACAGUAAUGCUCCAUUAUAGAGAGUGGGUUUCUUUGAAAUGUGCCCUACAUGGCUACAUG